AGAUUGACUUGAGAGCAAGCCACUCAAAUACUCAAUCACAAGAACUUACAUACAUGCCCCCCAACAGACCAGUCAUCCACUUAAAAGAACUCUCCCUGCACUAAACAGAAUUUGUAAAUGUGGCCGAGAAAGCAGAUAACUGUGUUGUGUGCUAAUCUUGAUCAUGCUGACAUCAUUUACACAAAGAAUCAACUUUGAAGGAAAUGGUAGGCCUCAAAAAACGCCAUAAACCAUAAAUCAAUUGGAAACAGAAUUUCGCUUCUAUCUUCUUACCAUCUCAAACAUUCUACAUGUCUGUCUAGCAACAGGAAAUACAAUAUAAUAAAUGCAAGAAGUAAGCAGCAAAGCCUGUUUGAAGGAUUCAGCCGUCCAAGAACAAAUGAAUCCCCGAGGAGGAUUAUGAAUAAGCGUGCUAGAAGAAAUCACGCUGAUGACGAGAAAGUUCCAGAUAAUCCCUCCUCAACAAGUGAUUCAGGCACUUCAUCUGAGGAACACUCGAAUAUAGCUUCAGAAGAGGAACAAGAUGAGGUGGUUGCUUACAAAGAACCAUCAAUGUAUGAUAGUUUGUUGAAGACACUUGGGUCAGCUAGUGAAUCGAUUGCUGAUGCUUACAAGAGGAGGCAACGCGCAGAAGAAGGUAGAAGUGACACAGAUGAAGACCAGGAGGAUGAUUUAGAAUCUUUAAGCGUUUCUGAAGAAGAUGAGGAUGGAUCUGAAGAUGGAUCUCCUGGAAGCGCUUUAGACCUAACUGAUAUAGAUGGAUCUAGUUUGGCAGACAUUGGAGGACACAUUGAAGAUGAUGAUGAUGAGGCAUCUGAUAUGGAUGAAGAAGAAGAAGUUACAGCGAAUGGUCAAUCUAUUGCAAAAGAAUCAGAAAUCUCAAGUUCAUUUUCUGCUCACCUGGACUAUAAACUAUUGAAAGAUGAGGUUGAAAUUCUUUCAAGAAAAAAAGGGAAAUAUAAAUGGGAGGUUGAUGCAGCUAACUGCAAGUGGGUGGCAACUAGAGAGCUGAUUUUAGAGGAUUCCUACAUGAAUUCUCCUUAUGGUCUAAAUCUGAAGUUAUAUGACCAUUGGUUGAAUAAUUAUGAGGCGUCUGGAGGGCAUGAUCUUCAUUCAUCAAGACAGAGAUCAUUCUUCUCUCUUUGCAACAGCUAUCGGGAUAUAUUGCACCACAACAAAAAGCCAUUUUAUCUUAAAGGCAGGGAAGAAGACUCAAGUAUCAUGGAUGCCUAUUUGUUGCACUCGCUAAAUCAUGUGUUUAAAACAAGAGAUCUUGUGACAAAGAAUGACAAAAAGCUGGCUACUCGUAAAGAGGCUAAGCAUGAGGAAAUUUUAGACAGCGAGAAUUUCCUUGACCAGGGAUUCACUCGUCCUAAGGUAUUGAUCUUAUUACCAAUGGCAAGCAUUGCAUACCGAGUAGUUAAGAGGCUGAUUCAGUUGACCCCGGCAGGGCAUAAGGUUAAUGUAGAGCACAUUGAUCGCUUCUCUGAUGGGUUUGGCCCUGGACGAUCUGAUGAACAGCAGGAUGAGGAUGGUAUCUCCAAGUCAUGGAAAACCUCAAAGCCAUCAGACUUCCAGGCACUCUUUGGAGGGAAUAACAACGAUCAUUUCAUGAUCGGCAUCAAGUUUACCAAGAAGACCAUAAAGUUGUACAGUGACUUUUAUACCUCAGACAUGAUUGUUGCUUCUCCUCUUGGUUUGAUCACCAAAAUUGGGGAGGCUGAAGUGGAAAAGGAAAAAGAUGUGGAUUAUCUGUCUUCUAUCGAGGUGCUGAUUGUUGAUCAUGCAGAUGUCAUAGCGAUGCAGAAUUGGUCCCAUGUGAAUACUGUUGUUGAGCAGUUGAAUAGCAUACCCUCAAAGCAGCAUGGAACUGAUAUAAUGCGCAUAAGACCAUGGUACCUUGAUGGACAAGCUCGGUUUUAUAGGCAAACAAUCAUUUUAGGAUCUCAUGUAAAUCCAGAUAUUAAUGCUUUGUUCAACAACCACUGCCUCAACUAUGAAGGAAGGGUAAAACUGUCAUUCGAGCACAAAGGCGUUCUUCCAAAAGUUUUGCUUCAAGUGAGGCAGAUCUACGAGCGUAUUGAUACCGAAUCUAUAGUGGAUGCUGAUGAUGCCCGCCUUGAUUACUUCAAGAAAAAGGUCUUCCCGAAAAUUAAAGAUUCUGUCCAGGGUGGAAUUAUGAUCUUUAUUAGUUCUUACUUUGAGUUUGUUCGGGUACGAAACUUCUUGAAGUCACAAGAUGCAUCCAUGUGUCUACUUGGAGAGUACACAAAACAGAGUGAUAUAUCUCGUUCACGAGUUUGGUUCUUUCAAGGAAAGCGGAAGAUCAUGCUGUACACCGAGAGAGCCCACUUCUACCAUCGAUACAAGAUUCGCGGAAUUCAGAAUUUGAUAAUUUAUUCUCUUCCUGAGAGGAAAGAGUUCUACCCUGAGAUUGUGAAUAUGCUUGAAGGAUCACAUAGCAUGAACUGCACAGUGCUCUUCUCUCGCUUUGAUCUUCUCCGGCUGGAGAGGGUUGUUGGUACUGUCCCGGCAAAAAGGAUGGUGACGUCAGAUAAGUGUAUCUUCACAUUCUGUUAGAUAAAUACCUACGUCAACAAUCGCAAAAACUUGCAUACUUACAACAGAAUAUAGGGCUCGGCCUUUUCCGAGAGUUUUGGUAACGUACUUGGAGUAGCCAUUUUUCUGGGUAGAUAAUGUGUAGAUUAGAGUAUCAACUAUCCUUUUCGGAGAUCGGAUUUUGCUUCAUUAAGCCGGGAAUUUGCAGAGUUUUUUGGCUUGUUUUUGUAGAAUAUUACUAGUUGUAAUAUUUAACCAUAUGAUAUCAUGAAUGAAUUCACUUCUCGUACACUUGUAAGCCAGAAUCUGAAUGUGGUCCCUCUUUUAAAAUUAAGUACAUUGGGGUCCCGUGGAUUGCAUUUUGUU